CAGCAGAAGGAGGUCGUCUCUGCCUGGCGGUUGGGUGGUGGUUGGGCACAACCGCCAUUUUCAUCAGCCGUACCACAUGAGGAAGAUGCUGGCUGCCAUGGUCUCCCGUGUGCUGUCAGGGGUUACUCGGAAGCCAGCUCGCAGAGUGCUGGUAGCCUCCUGCAACUACUCCAGCGAUGCUAUGUUUGAAAUUAAGAAGUGCGACCUGUAUCUGUUGGACGAGGGCCCUCCGCUCACUGCCGUCCUCACCCGGGAAGAUGGGCUCAGGUACUACAGGAUGAUGCGGGUGGUUCGCCGCAUGGAACUGAAGGCCGAUCAGCUGUACAAACAGAAAUUUAUCCGUGGCUUCUGCCACUUGUGUGAUGGCCAGGAAGCCUGUUGUGUGGGGCUCGAGGCAGGUAUAAAUGCCUCGGAUCAUGUCAUCACGUCUUACCGUGCUCACGGCGUCUGCUACACCCGUGGCCUGUCCGUGCGCUCAAUUCUCGCCGAGCUGACGGGCCGAAGAGGAGGCUGUGCUAAAGGAAAGGGAGGAUCGAUGCAUAUGUACGCCAAGAAUUUCUACGGGGGCAAUGGCAUUGUGGGUGCCCAGGUACCGCUAGGAGCCGGUAUCGCGCUAGCUUGCAAAUACAGGGGAAACAAAGAGAUUUGCCUGGCUUUGUAUGGGGAUGGUGCGGCUAACCAGGGUCAGAUAGCCGAGGCUUACAAUAUGGCGGCUUUGUGGAAAUUACCUUGUAUUUUUAUCUGUGAGAAUAACCUCUAUGGAAUGGGAACAUCUGUUGAGAGAGCAGCAGCCAGCGGUGAUUAUUACAGGAGAGGCCAUUUUAUUCCCGGGCUCAGGGUGGAUGGAAUGGACAUCCUGUGCGUUAGAGAGGCCACGAGGUUUGCAGCUGAGUAUUGUCGAUCCGGAAAGGGGCCCAUACUUAUGGAGCUGCAGACCUACCGGUACCACGGACACAGCAUGAGCGACCCUGGUGUUAGUUACCGUACACGAGAAGAAAUCCAGAAAGUAAGAAGUAAGAGCGAUCCUAUUAUGCUUCUCCAGGAGAGAAUGGUGAACAGCAAGCUCGCCAGCAUUGAAGAACUCAAGGAAAUCGAUGCUGAAGUGAGGAAAGACAUUGAUGAUGCAGCCCAGUUUGCUACAACUGAGCCUGAACCGCUUGUAGAAGAGUUAGGCCAUCACAUUUACCACAGUAAUCCACCCUUUGAAGUUCGUGGUGCAAAUCAGUGGCUCAAGUUUAAGUCUGUGAGUUAAAGAGAGACUAUAUAAUCCUAUGUUGGGGCAUCUAUGGUCACUCUUCAGAAUUUCUUUGUGUU